AUGAAGAACCUUUUCUUUUCCAUGGUUUUUCUCCUUUCCUUCCUAUUCUUCCUUGCUCAUGUAAGCGAGGCGGCCAUAACAUGUGGUACAGUUGACGUGAAGGCUGCCUCGUGUGUCACAUUUGCCACCGGCAAGGACACAAAGCCAUCUGCAGCCUGCUGCAGCGGGCUCCAGCAGCUGACUCAAAGCGUGAAGUCUGUCGACGAUAAAAAGACAAUCUGCCGUUGCCUGAAGGCUGGUGUUCAGAAAUUUAAUGGUGUACAAGACAAGUUCUUGAGCAAAAUCCCUGAUGCUUGCAAGAUCAAAGUCACAUUCCCUGUCUCAUUGAGCAUCAACUGUGAAACGAUCCGCUGAACUAGCAUGGAGUUGCUUCAGUGAUUGGGAGAAAAGAGUCAUCUGGUAGACUGUAGGGAGGAAUUGAAUAAAAC